CCUCCCCGAAGCAUUCUAAGUAACAAAGCCCUGGCCACAAGACCUGUUCAUUCUCAGCCUGAGCAGAGGAGGCAUCCUCCUUCCAGAAUUCUCCACCAGGCUGCCCGAGGGUCCUCUCUCUGGAUACCCGGAGAACCUUGCUCAGACCUCUACCUUAUGUUGUUCCAGAAAAUUCCACCACUGAGGGAAUAAACAGAUGGUGUUUAACAACAUGCAAGCGAUCCCCUUUAGAGUGCCCCUCCCACAUGCACACAUUUGUUCCCUACCCCGCCACUUGCCAAAGCCCCUUUUUGGAGAUGGCCUUCAAGUGGGCAGUAGUGACAGAUUGGAUGGCUUUGGAGGUGUCACAUUGCUUUCCUUGUGUGUUUUAUUCUAUUUGGGGGGAACAACCAGAAGUCACCAAGUAUAUACCAAACUGGGUCAGUACGGUCGUGAGUCUUUGUCCACCGGAAGGCAGCAGCUGUGAUGACAUGUCCCCGUUGGCCAGCGGGAUGGCCGAGUUAGGUAGCAGCCCUGACCUCGCGAUGCUCCUUGCCAGUGAAAUAAUCCCCCAGUCUUUUGAUUGCACUUCAUAGCUGCCAGGCCUGAGUGUGAGGAGUUCCAGGUCUAAUUCACCUCUUUGUUACCCACAUCUAGCACGGGACUUGGCCUGGAUACAGGUGCUCAGAAAUAUACAAGGGACAGCUGCUUAAAGGAGUGAUCAUAGAGCUGCACUUAUUAAGCAGCUACUGGGUACCAGGUAAUUUUACAGUCAUCUUCUUUAAUCCUACUAGGAGCCCUCCAAGAUAGAUGGUAUCAUUCCUGUUUUAUAUGGAAAUUAACGGAGACCCUGAGAGGUAAAGAAACUCUUCUAAGAUCACAAAGCCAGGAUAUGGCAAGGCCAGGACUUUGCCCUCCAAACAUGCCUCUGCCGUACCCUUCCCCACCAGCUUGGGAGCCUGCAGUUUCCAAAACAAAGACUCUCAAGGAUGACCCAGCUACAGAACCCCCAGAAGCCACAGAGCCCUUAAUAAGACACCAGGAUCAUCUGAUAUAGUGACUUCUAUCUUGGGACUCAAGAAGAAAUAUUGUAGCAGGAAACAGGCCAAUAUCACGAGCACGUGUGGGAAAGUCACAGUCACGCCUGUGUAGACGCAAGCAAGCAGGCAAGCUGUCCAUCUGAGGCCAGUCAGCUGCUGAUGUGCAGGUCUUCCUGCCUUUAUCCAAUUACUUUUCACUCAUCUGUUGGGCACCUGCAAGGAUUUUUCCAUUGACAAAAGGCAGCAGGUGCAUGGGGUAGGGGGCACAUGGGAUGGUUAAAAGAACAGAAGCUGAGAGGAGAGAAAACUGAGGAGGUUUUCCAUCUGAGACUGUGUGCUGGGGAAAGCCCAGCUUGGUGGCCGUCUCAGAGCCUCCCUUCUCUCCCGCUCGGGUGUUCCUUGGUGCGUCUCUCUCCCCCGGAGGGCGGGCUCCAUCACCAUUCCUCCAGAGCGGGGCUAGCUCAGCGAGUUAGGAGGGGGCGUGAAACAGCGAGCCAACGCGGGGAGGGCGCACACCUUGGCCCACAAGCCAGUUUCCGUUACCUGAGGAGCAGGGCAGAACCCCAGAUUAGCUAAGUUAUUCAGGUCUGGAAAUGGGUUAAAAAACAAAAACAAAACCUUUAGUUCGGGUCCUUCUGGGCAUUUGAGCCAAGUUCGUUCUUCCAAAAGGUUGUGCACCAGGCCCUGAUUGCUCCAGCUGGGUCUGGAACAGAAGCGCCUGGCACUUCUUUUCUAGGGCAGGUUCUGACACAAGGAAGGAAUAUUAGAGUGGCGGGGGUACUCAGCGCCGGCCGCCUCCGCCAGAGCCGCGGCCAGAGCCAAGGCCCGAGGGGGUGGGCGUGGCGGCCGCCGGAACACGACGCCCUCCGUUCCCUCUCUUCGCGGAGCGGCGCCGCGUCGCUCGUCUCCAUCGGCUGCCAUGAGCGAGCGCCUCCGCCCCAGGAAAAGGAGAAGGAAUGGCAGUGAAGAAGACCACCAUCUCCCCCCACAGACCAAAAGGAGCAGUAGAAAUCCUGUCUUUCACGAUUCUUGGGACACAGAGUCUUUGGGCAGUGACAGCGGCGGCAGCAGCAGCAGCAGCAUCAGCAGCCCCGACAGGGCCAGCGGGCCGGAGAGCAGCUUGCACCAUCUCGCCGCCGGGCCAGGCCCCCACACCCCACAGCCCGCGCCCGAGCCAUCCGCGCUGUGCCAAGGCCCCUACUUCCACAUCAACCAGACCCUGAAGGAGGCCCACUUCCACAGCCUGCAGCAUCGGGGACGGCCCCCCUCGUGACGCGCCGGCAGACUCUUGCCUUCUGUGAAGGGACAGUGCUGUGCAGAUUUGAUAUUUCAAGUUAACGAUGUUUUAAAAAAAAUUGCACAAAAAAUGCCUGUUGCCUUUUCAGUCUAUAUUUGAGAUAAUAGGUUAACAGGCUCUUGUUUACUUGUGGUUUGCUGCACUAUUGCAAUUUCCAAGGGGCUUUGAAGCAGUUUUUUAUAGGAUUCUUUUAAGGGUGGGAAUCAAGGGAACCAUAGGAGGACACCUCAUCUGUGUGUUGAACCCAUAGUUUGUCCAGUUUAGACUGCUUUCCAGGUCUGUCAGUUAGAAAUUCUACUUUAUGUAAAAAGGCCUUUUAAAACUGCAGGAUCUUCAAUUUUUUAAAUAAAUUAGUAAAGAGGA